UUCCAGCUGGUUGCGGAUCUCUUCCACGAUGGUAAAGAUGCUGGUCCUCUCUCAGCCACCAGCAAGACAUCCAAGAUCAACGUCCGGGCUGCCAAACCAGUUCCAAAAGGCCACAACCGAGAGCACAGGAAAACUGUGGGCACCCAGUUCAGGAACUCGCUACAUCUUCUGAUGGAAACACUGAAUGCUACCACCCCUCAUUAUGUGCGCUGCAUUAAACCCAAUGAUUUUAAGGAAUCCUUUGUGUAAGUUUGGUCUUUUUGUCUUCGUCUUAUCCAUCCAUUAGUACUUAUCUAGUUUAUCUUGCAUAUAAAUAGAGAGGUAUAUAGCAAAUUUAAGCUGCCAGAGAACAUUAGAGUCAUGCUGGUACAGAGACAUUUGAUCGACCUCAAUUGCACUGCAAGUUUCCUCCAACAAUCAGACAUCAAAGCUCCUCUAAGAAUGAGCCGAUGAGGUUAUAUAAAAUAUAAUUAAACCUAGUUUUCUCCCAUGAAAAUCAGUAGAAGU